AGUAAUUUUCGACAAGAGUUGAACAUUAAUAAUUUGAACCAAUUUCCGGCAAGAAGUUCUAACGACAAUUUUAACGAUGAAAGUGUUCAUUUUUUUGUGCGUAUUAAAGGUACUCGUGGUGCAUUGCAACGAUGACAAUGAAGACAACGAUAAAUCCAUGCUAAUGUGUAUGAAAGACAACUUUUCGCUAUGCGGCGAAGUAAAUUACCCCCGAAGGUGUUUAAAUUUGGACUCGGUAGUCAUAGCCAACAAAUUUUAUCUACACAACCGAUUGGAAUCUCUCGUUAUAGACUUAGCGCUGGACGGAUCCAGGUGCGUAGUGCUCUUCAACGAGUUCCUAUGCCAAGGGUCCUAUUUAAUAUUGAACGGGACAGAUUAUCCUAGUGCCGUACUGUAUGAAUUUGAUUUCUCCAACCGAGCGGUUUCCGUUGUAGCUUGUUCGGAUAAAUUGCUGGAUAGGCUAAAUUCAACGAGGUCCAACCGCAGCUCAGAAUACACGAGGGACGCAAUUCCAUCAAAUUCAUUUGUGGUUGACAAAAAACAACAUCUCGAAAACUACAGUAAUUACAAACAGGCGACUUCCGGCGGUGGCUUGAAGGGAUUUUUCGAUUGGAACUCUGAGUACAAGCAUUCGGACGAAACUCAAAAUCCAAAAACACCAUUAACAGUACCAAUGAAUGACAAAGCCGAUCGUAAAAAACUAUUAGACAUUCAUUAUUAACUGUAUUGCAUUGAUGCACACUCGUAUU